GUUGGGGCCGAGGGGGCGGAGGGGAAGGGUGUCUGUCUCGCUCAGUCAGUCAAGGGAAGAAGUGUGAGCGAGAGGGAGUUCUUUAAAGAUGGCCGGAGCGGCGGCGGCAACUGCGGCGUCCUCUUCCUCCUCCUCCUCCUCGGCCUCCAACAGCUCCUCCGCCACCGGCUCGACCCCGGUCUAUUGCGUCUGCCGGGAGCCUUACGACGUGAGCCGCUUUAUGAUCGAGUGCGACAUAUGCAAGGACUGGUUCCACGGCAGUUGUGUCCGAGUAGAAGAGCACCAUGCUGUUGAUAUUGACCUGUACCACUGUCCCAAUUGUGCAGUUCUUCAUGGACCCUCCUUAAUGAAGAAGAGAAGGAACUGGCAUAGACAUGACUAUACAGAAUUGGAUGAUGGUUCCAAACCAGUUCAAGCUGGAACACAAACAUUUAUUAAACAGCUACGUGCUCGUUCAUUCCCAAGUGCUGAUGAAAUAAUUUUGAAAAUGCAAGGCAGCCAGUUGACACAGAGAUACCUGGAAAAGCAUGGGUUUGAUGUUCCCAUUAUGGUUCCUAAAUUAGACGGCUUAGGUCUCAGACUUCCACCCUCUAGUUUUUCUGUUCUGGAUGUGGAACAAUAUGUAGGUGGUGAUAAAGUGAUAGAUGUCAUUGAUGUGGCAAGACAAGCAGACAGUAAAAUGAGGCUCCAUAAUUAUGUGAAAUAUUUUACAAAUCCUGAAAGACCAAAAGUAUUAAAUGUGAUCAGCCUUGAAUUCUCAGAUACAAAGAUGUCUGAACUAGUGGAAGUACCUGAAAUUGCCAGAAAACUUUCAUGGGUGGAAAACUAUUGGCCAGAUGAUUCAGUCUUUCCUAAGCCUUUUGUUCAGAAGUACUGUCUAAUGGGAGUUCAAGAUAGCUACACAGACUUUCAUAUUGAUUUUGGGGGCACUUCUGUCUGGUAUCAUGUUCUCUGGGGUGAGAAAAUCUUCUAUUUGAUCAAACCUACUGAUGAAAAUCUGGCAAUCUAUGAAUCCUGGAGCUCAUCUGUCACCCAGAGUGAAGUGUAUUUUGGAGAUAAAGUUGACAAGUGUUACAAAUGUGUUGUGAAGCAAGGGCAUACCUUAUUUGUUCCAACAGGCUGGAUUCAUGCUGUGCUCACUUCUCAGGACUGUAUGGCUUUUGGAGGGAAUUUUUUGCACAAUCUCAAUAUUGGCAUGCAGCUCAGGUGUUAUGAAAUGGAGAAGAGGUUAAAAACCCCAGAUCUUUUCAAAUUUCCUUUCUUUGAAGCUAUCUGUUGGUUCGUGGCCAAAAACUUACUGGAAACUUUGAAAGAGCUUCGGGAGGAUGGUUUUCAGCCUCAGACCUUCUUAGUACGAGGAGUGAAAGCUUUACUUUCUGCGUUAAAGUUAUGGAUGAAGAAGGAUCUUGUAACAGAACAUGCCUUUGAAAUACCAGACAAUAUUAGGCCUGGACAACUCAUCAAAGAACUCUCUAAAGUGAUUCGUUCUGUAGAGGAGGAGAACAGUAAAUCAGUUAAAACUCAGGGAAUUGGUACAUGCCAAGUUUCACGAUCAUCAAAUGAAUCGGCCUCCACUCAUCAUUCCAGAAGAAAAGCAAGGAAAUUACGAGAUCAUACCAUCAAAACUCCUUCUAAUUUGGACAUUUUGGAGCUUCACACAAGGGAAGUUCUCAAAAGGCUAGAGAUGUCCACUUGGGAAGAGGAUACAGCAAAUUAUAAAUUGAAUGGAAGGUUUAACAAGCCACUUCAGCCAUCUUCUACUGUUCCUGAAUGGAGAACAAAGGACAACGAUUUACGACUUUUGUUGUCAAAUGGAAAAAUAAUUAGAGAUGAGAGGCAGCCCUUUAGAGAUUCAAGUCUUUAUACUGCAGACAGUGAAGAUGAAGAUGAGAAGACAAAAUCAGAGAAGGAAAAAACUAUUAAAAAGGAAGAACAGAACUCCCAGGAAGCAGAAGGCAAUGCAGAUGUGCAGAAACCACUGAAUAUGUUCUUUGAAAGUGUGAAAUCAGAACUCAGGAAUGGGAACUCAGAAUACUCGGAUAUUUCUGAUUCAGAGGAAUCUGAGCCUGAUUGCACUAACCAGCAAAAGGAUUCCUCUGUAGAGGAGUCAGAAUGCUCAGGUGAUGAGAAACAGGAAGAAACUUUAAAUUUUAAAAUGGAAUCUAAAAUAACAUAUGAUCUCUUUCAAACCACACAGAAGCCAUCUACACAUGAAACUGCAAAUAAAAGGGAAUAUCCUACCUCGAGGAGUAUGGAGGAAGAAGCUAUUCAGGGCAUGCUUUCUAUGGCAGGAUUGCACUAUACCACUUGUUUACCAGGUAAUACACAGAGCACAGACUGCACUAACAGAGGAAGCUCUCUUCAGGAACACAGAAGCUAUCCCAAAAGUAGACAUAAAGAGAAGAUGUCUUCCCACAGUCAUAAAACAGAAUGCGGUAAGCACAUAAAAGAAGAAAAAGAUGCAGGAGCAUCAACAUUAGCUACAACAUUAAAUGUCAUUUCUAAAGUAAAUCCUCAGGAUACAAACAAAACUCAGAAAUAUGUUAAGAAGGAAGGUGCAUUGGAGGUCAGUUACAGAAUUCAAGAAAACAGAAGUCACUUACAAAAUAAUGGCUUGAACUUCCCACAUGGCAAGUGUACACAGGACUGUAGCUUGACUGAAGCGGAAUGCAGGUUAAGUGAUGGCAGCCUUAGUCCUGACAGACCAUAUGGUGAAACAUCAUUGUCUGUACCUCUUCAUCCAACCAAGCGGCCAGCAUCAAAUCCACCUCCUAUCAGCAACCAGGCAACAAAAGGCAAACGUCCAAAGAAAGGUAUGGCAACUGCCAAACAGCGACUUGGGAAGAUUCUAAAGCUGAACCGAAAUGGCCAUGCACGCUUCUUUGUUUGAUGGAGUGGCUACUUCUGCUUCUGCUAUUUUUUUUUUGUAUGCAGACGAGUAUUGAGGGUAACAGUGCCUGGAGCUUCUGUUUUAGUCCUCUACUUGAAGCGGAAUGCAUGUACUUUAUUAGAACACUGCCUGAUGAACAAAAACCCAAUGCUGCAUUUUCACUGUGCCACACCUGCUCAGCAAUAACUAUUUGGAAAACAGGGGACUCUUCAGAGACUGUGGAUUAGGAAGUGUCUUUUUCAGGGCUGUCAUUUUGUUGUUUCUGCUAAGUUUCUGAACUAAUUUCAUGAACAGAAGAUUAUGAUGAAGGUGGUUAUCAAUAAUUUAUUUGACGGAUAAUGGCAACUAUUGAAUUCAUUUUUAAACUAUUUAUUUGGAAAACAUUUUUUGUGGGAAAUAUUAUUUUAAUUUUAGAUGUAACAAAUGUGAAGAUUUUUAUUUGUUCUUAACGACUGUCUGCUGUGGAGAGCCACAUGAAAGGUUUAUUUUGGCUUCUAACAGUUGGUAUACAAGUUACAGUCUUAAACAUGGAUGUGAUGCAUUAAGUUAAGACACAUGAAAUAACAUGUUAAUUUCUGUUCUUUAUAUGUGCUUGUGGAUUAUUUUUCCACUAAAUUCUGAAGGACACAUUCUCCAUCAGUUUAAUUGACUUUUCUGUGACUUCCUGUCCCUGCUCCUUCCUCUUCUCAUGUUCUGCCAGUUAUACUGGAUUACUAUUGGCGUAGCAUUAGCAACAGCUAUUGCACAUACAUGUGCUUCCUCCUCCCCCGUAUUUGUUCCCAUGUUGUGGAGCAUGAUUCAUGCAAAGCAUGGGUUAUAGUACACCAGUUGUAGCACUAUAGCUACUGAUUUAAGUGUAGACACUUAAAUGCAUUUUAUGGAGGAAGGCUGUUGUGGUGGCAGAAUAUUGUAUUAUUAUCUAUAUAUGCCAGUCAGUUAAAGGUCUUAAGUCAUUUUUGUAUAUAUGUAAAUGUGUUUGAUAGCGUGCUAAAUCUCAAAUGACUAUUUUGUGUCAUGCUUUGCAAAAAUCUGGUAGUAAAUGCCAAUUCUGAAAUGCAUGUAAAUAACUUAGAUGAAAAAAUUGUAUUUUUGUAAUAUAAAAUUGAUUAUUUAAGCUCUUUUUGGAGGAAAAGGAGGAGGCACCUAUACUACUAUUUUGGUAAGAGGGCUAUUCAGUACUAAAGCAGGAAUACUAAGGAUAUUGCAUUUCACUCUGUUGAUUAAGAGUUAAAGCAUGGCCAAAGCUACUCAGUUGCUUGACUUCACUUCAAUAAAAACAUUGCAGUCUUCAGGUUAUAUUUAAAAUAAAAUAUAUAGAAGUCCCUAAAUAGGACUUUGUGCUUAAACAAUUUUAUACGUUCAGUAUUUUCUGCAUCUGUGUGAGUAUCUCUGUUAAACAAUACGUAAUGUCCUUUGUCUCCUAUCACAACAUUCAGACUUUCUUGGCUACUUGCAGUUGUUAAAACUUGGCCAAAUUUCUCAGUGGAAACAUUUCAUGGCUUCAGUCCUUUACAAAUUUGUCACUUAAGCCCAUUUAACUGAAUAAGACUUAACAAUGCAUAAUUGCAUGCUGGAUGGGAAAGCAAAUCUAAUUUGGAAGUAAGUGCAAUGGCUGACUUUGGUUGGAUUGAAAUUGGAAGUGUCAACGGGCAAAAGGAGAUAACAAGCAUGUAACAUAAGUUUUGAAAGUUACUAUACUUUUCCUUCACUGUUUUUUCCAGUUGAAUAAUAUUUUUUCUCAAUACCUAUCUGUCAAAAUUAAUCACAAAAAAACAAGCUUAAAAACAUGUGUUAUCAAGAUUACAAAUAGAGCUGAUUACAAAGAGACAACUCAGUACUAGCUUUUGGAAAUAACUGAUUUACUGGUUAAUCUGAGGUAAGACACUUUUAAGUAUUGACCUUUUUUUCCCCCAGCAGUAGUAGUCCAUAUAUCUGUUUAAUAGAGCUGUAGUAUAUUUGUGUAUAAUUUGUACUUGUGUUUUAAGUACCUUUCAAAGUAAGAUAGCAAUCCUUUUGCUUUAGGCAGAAAAACAGAUCUGUGGUGCCAGGCUUUGAAGCAUUGGUUCAUUCAAAUUUUGGUAAGACAUACCUUUAAAGAGAACUGCUUUUUUCAUAUUAUAACCAAUUUACAUAAGAAUAAAAAUGCUGUAAAAUUUGGCUGAGGACACAAUUCAGUGAAUGGUAAAUAUACUGAGAUAAUGAAGCUUUUUUAGACCAAAGUAGCAGAUAUUUAUCAUAAUUGGUCUAGUGUCUCUUGGUAUUAUAAUUGUGGCUUUACUGGGGGACAGGUGCUGGUGUUGGAGAGGAGGAAGAGGAGGCUUUGGCUGGAGCCAUAUUUUUAUGGAUGUUUCCCUUAUUUUUAUCGUUCUCCCACCCACCACCACCACAAAAUCUCUUCAUGGUCUGCCAAAAGAGAUGCCAAUUGCUCAAUUCUUUUUUCUACCUAUGUUUCAAAUAAAAUUGAGUCAACUGUUCUAUCACAAAUUCAGUAACCCUCUUACAGAAAUAAGGAUGUAUAUACAGUAAACUGAUUUAUUUUAUGGAAGGAAAAGUACAUUAACAGAAUGUUGAAAUAAGUAGCUCUGAAAAGUGGUCUUUAGUUUGGUUAGCUGAAUGAAGAGACUAGUUGGCAGUCUUUUUUGUAAGAUGCAACUUCCUUGGUAGAAAUCCCAGUUGCAGAAGACGUUACAUAUGUAGUACAGUGGAUUUCUUAAAUUAGAUACUGUAGCCCUGCCUUUGUCAUUUCACUUUGAGGGAGAGGAAGCAGUGCUUAAGCCGUAUUUGGCAGGAGGUUACAUAGUCCUCUGUGAAGUCUUAUUUCAAAGAGGCCAUCUUUUAAAAUAAUUGUAACAAGAAUUUCACCUGUAGGGCAGAAUUGCUAAAGUCCUAUUCUGUUUUGAACUGAUGGAUGAGAGAGCAAGGUGUAAUGAAGUAUUUGGGUUUUGCUGAAGAAAGAAAAAUACGAAAAGGAUGUCAGUGUAGUGAUUUAGCAGGAUCAUUUCUAGCAGCAUUUCUUUUUGUUCUUCUACAAUACUUGCCAAUAAUCUCAGGCUACAAAGUAGCCUUAAAUGACCUCUGUGGUAGGUUUACCUAUGCAAUCAAUGACACUUACAUAUGAUCAUUCUCACCAUUUCAAGAGGGUAGAACAAAAAGCAUGGCCUUUCUGGCCACAUUUUUUCCUAGCAAAAGUGCUUACAUUAAUGUUCUUCAGGAUGAGAGCACACUAUCAUAAUCACAUUCAAGAAACUUUACUUCACCUAAGCUUUUAACAUGCCACUAACUGCCUUCAUUCACCAGGAUCUGUAUAAUUAAACUGUGAAAUCUUUGUAGGACUUAAAAACAACCCUGGUCUGAUUCAGUAGUUUUAUUAAACUGGUAACUUGGAGGAAACUGAGGAUGCCCAAUGCUACAAAUGAUCAGAGAAUCCCAUGCAUAGUGCCUCGCCUCAUCCACAAUUUCUCUGCCACUAAAAACAAAACAAAAACUCAAGGUAUCUUUUUGUAAUAAUUUGCAUCCAUACUUCCAGACCAUCAAAAACUGUUCACUUCCCUGGAUCUGAGUUAAUCAGCGAAACUUUAUCUUGUGGAAGAAAUAUAAACUGAAUUUUAGGGCCUUACUGUUUGUCAUUUGAACUGUAUUAAAAGCUGCAACAUCCAUUUUCCAAAAAGGCAAUGAUCUGUGUACAAAAUGUGUGAAUUGUGUAGUUAAGGGUGGGAAUGAGCCUAGCACUGAUUAGGAAAUGCAGUGACUGCUAUAGCUGCAUUUCUGUCUGGACGAGGACUUUGAAUAUAAAUUUUAAGCCAUAAUAGUUACUCGCUGUGGGAAUGGAAUAAAAGAAAUCACUUUAAGAGAUUAUAUUAAUAUGAAUUUUCAUUUCUGCUGGGAAAAGUUUAACUUUGCCAGUGCUUUGGCAUUUUUGAGAUAUUCGUUACAUUUGAAAAAGGGAUAGGACUUGGCUAUAUUUACUAGUUUUGUAGUAGUGUUUUGUUGAUGUGAUUUCCCUCACACCUUUUUCUACUGUCAGUCUGAUUUCUAAAUUUUUGAAUGUUUGUGAAAUAGCAGUCUUUCUGAAUAGCAGUUUGUGUGUCCUCUGAUCCUUUUUACAGAAACACACUUCUAUGUGGAGUGUUUUGGCUGGGAAGUGGGAUGCUGCAGCUUUAAGAGCAUUCCCCCCCCCUCCCAAUUUAUAACAGUGUUUCCCAUCCCAUUUUUGCCUGCAGGCAGGGAAAGUGUAUGUACAGUAUUUAUUUUGUUUCAGUUUUACUUUGAAAUUUGUAAGUUUCUAUAAGUAGCUUACCAAUUUAAUGUUUUGAGAGGACAAGUGGCUUGUUUAAAUUUGUAUUUGACAAUAGUUUCCACUUUCUGUACUUUAAAUACUGAAAUUAAAAUCUGUAUUACUUAUGUUUUGA